AUGGAUAUGGCCAAGGUGGACCCUGCAUUUGUUCACACGGCGGUCCUAGCCUUUCAAAUUUCCUCCCACCUCAGCAACCUCCAUCCAUCGUCACUCCGCCUCAACCUGUACAGCCACAGCCUUGUACUGUUUGUCCCCAGGGACCUGCCGGUCCGCAGGGACCACAGGGGUCUCCAGGGGCACAAGGGCCUCAGGGGCAGCAAGGGCCUCAAGGGCAGCAAGGGCCUCAAGGGCAGCAAGGGCCUCAAGGGCAGCAAGGGCCUCAAGGAAAGCAAGGGCCCUGCGGGUUCUUGUCCCUCAGGGUGUGCAGAAUCAGGUUCAGGAACAGGGGAAAAUCAAGGCCUACAUCCUGGAGGAAUCGCCAAAGGAAAUGGUGCAAAGUUUCAAGAGACUGUACCUCCGACAAGCGGGAACGGAAUUGCCGAAGGAAAUGGCGCAAGUUUCGAUUCAGAUGUGCCCAUCCCCGCUGUCCAAAAUGGAAUUGCCAAUGACAAAGAUCCAGAAUUUGAGAAUUCCUUACCCCCAGUGGCGGAGAACGGAAUCGCCAGUGGAAAUGAAGCAAAGUACGAUGAUGAUGUGCCUAAGCCUAAUGACCAGACAGGUAUUGCCAAAGGGGAGGGUGCAAGCUUCGAGGAUUCCGUGCCUAAGCCAGUGGUCGAUUGA